GGGCUUCCCGCUACUUGAUGUGGACACCUGUGGCAGUGAGGCUCCUGGGGGCUCGACUUGGACCGCGAUGGGGCCGGGCUGUGGCCUCCUGAGGGGGCUGUCGUCUGGGGCGGUGGCCGGGGGGCGCCCACCCCCCUGCCCACGACUCGGAGCACCCUCAACAUCCUGCUGGGCCACGCCGGGCGGUGUCAUCCGCGGGGACUGUGGGGGAGGCCCAGCGCGGGCCCGGCGCACGCCAUGAACGGGCUGUCGCUGAGCGAGCUCUGCUGUCUCUUCUGCUGCCCACCCUGCCCCGGCCGCAUCGCCGCCAAGCUCGCCUUCCUGCCGCCAGAGCCCACCUACUCGCUGGUGCCUGAGCCUGGGCCUGGUGGGGCUGGCGCUGCGCCCUCGGGGGCUCUGCGGGUGUCCUCGGGCGCACUCGGGCGCUGGAAGCUCCACCUGACAGAGCGCGCGGACUUCCAGUACAGCCAGCGCGAGCUGGACACUGUGGAGGUCUUCGUGACCAAGAGCGCCCGUGGGAACCGUGUCUCCUGCAUGUACGUGCGCUGCGUGCCCGGUGCCAGGUACACGGUCCUCUUCUCCCACGGCAACGCGGUGGACCUGGGCCAGAUGAGCAGCUUCUACAUCGGCCUGGGCACACGCAUCCACUGCAACGUCUUCUCCUACGACUACUCGGGCUACGGCGCCAGCUCAGGCAGGCCCUCCGAAAAGAACCUGUAUGCGGACGUGGACGCCGCCUGGCAGGCGCUGCGCACCAGGUACGGCAUCAGCCCGGACAGCAUCAUCCUGUACGGCCAGAGCAUCGGCACGGUGCCCACCGUGGACCUGGCCUCGCGCUACGAGUGCGCCGCGGUGGUGCUGCACUCGCCGCUCACGUCCGGCAUGCGCGUGGCCUUCCCGGACACCAAGAAGACCUACUGCUUCGACGCGUUCCCCAAGUGAGCG